UGAGGAGCUGAACUCCGGGCUCUGAAUGGGCACAGAGGACCUCUCCUAGGCUGCUGUCAGCAGGAGAACGGGCAGCCGGAGCUCAGGGGUGUCGCGGCUUGAAAAGAUGCGAUAGAAACGUUGAGGAAGUCAUUAAAAGGCAAUGCCAUGUCUGUGUAAAGGACACGGGUAAGCUUUUCUAGGAACUCUGGCUGCCUUCAGACCUGGGCAGUGCUUGGCACAGCAGGACAUCCACCAAACACCACAUCUAGUGCUGUGUCUGCCCACAUAGCAUGGCUGAUAUGCAACUCUUUGGGUGACCAGUGUAUUCCUCCUUAUUGAAACGCUGCAAGAGGAGCACUCCCAAGAGGCUUGCUUGCUACCAUCAGAAAGAUGAAAAGAGACUCUGGCUAUCCCACCAUGGCUGAGCAGCAGAAGCAGGAAGAGAAGCUCUUGGAUGCCAUGAAGGUCACUGCCUGUGUCCUCGGAGCAGGCCUGCUCCUAUUCACUGCCUUAGAGAACUCUGCUUGCUAUGUGCAGAAUAUGUGGGAUACUUUGGGCCAUUUCUGGCAAACAACGUGGCUAAAGCUCUACUACCUGCUUGAGGGAAAGGAGUCGACACUCUUCCUCCUUGGGGCUGCAUUGGUGCCUUGCCUUGCUUUCUGGUGCUUCAAUGGAAUCCUUAUGGUGGCUGAUGUAACAGGAAAGCCAACUUUCAUUACUCGCUAUCGCAUUCAGCUGGGCAAGAAUGAUCCUGUGGACCCAAAGAAAUUGCGCCAAGCCAUCUACACAGCGCUGUGCAAUCAGUUCUUUAUCUCCUUGCCCAUGCUUCUGCCCAUGUUCUACAUCAUGAAAUGGUGGGCCAACACCUUCAGCAAGGAGUUACCCACCUUCCGCUGGUUCCUUGUGGAGAUGAGCAUCUUUACCAUAGUAGAGGAAAUUCUCUUCUAUUAUACACACAGGCUUGUUCACCUCCCACUCCUGUACAAGCACGUUCACAAGAAGCACCACGAAUGGACAGCCCCCAUCGGCGUGGUCUCCGUUUAUGCUCACCCAGUAGAGCACAUACUAUCCAACAUGCUGCCUGCCAUGACUGGCCCCAUGCUCAUGGGCUCUCACAUUGUUUCCAUCGCAGUGUGGUUCUCCCUCGCUCUGGUAACAACGAGCAUUUCACACUGCGGAUACCACCUGCCCUUCCUGCCGUCACCGGAGUUCCACGACUUCCACCACCUCAAGUUCAACCAGUGCUACGGAGUCCUGGGAGUGCUGGAUUACCUGCACGGAACAGACACAGUGUUCAGGCAGACCAAAGCCUACCAGAGACACAGGGUCCUGCUCAGCCUCACGCCGCUCUCCCAGAGCAUCCCCGAGGCACCCAGGAGGGCAGAGUGAGCCAAGGCAGCAGCCCCACAGACAAUGAUUUACACCAAAUAGUAUUUGAGUUGGGAAACAAGUUAUUGUUCACACAUAGCAGAGCCCGAAGCUGAACAUAAACACGCUACUUGAGAUGACUGCACUUCUGCUGCUGUUAUUUUCUACCCAAGGCACAAACCACUGCUCUAGGAAGCUAUUUUUAGGCAAAGUUUAUAGAGUUUUUCCUUAAUGACUUGCACUGUUGCUUGGUUCUAGCUGCCUGCGCCAGGGCAAUGUGUUCUGGGCCACAUGGGGAGCUCCUGGGGAGCUCUCUUUGUGAAGGUUUUAACACUUCAGUUUGCACAGGCUGUGCUUUGGCCUCUUUCAGCAGCAUUCCAUAGAACAACCAACAAGAUCAUGGUAAAUACAAGGGAUUAAACCCGCUAUUCUGAGACUCAGGCUGCCUGGGAUGUGGGAUGCAACCCCAUGGGAAGUCAUGAGGCUUUAGAAACACUCUCCCCUGCACAUGCGAAGGUCUGACUUCCCCUGAGCAGUGUUUCUUCGUGCCGGGUCUGAAUGAAGGGCUGUCACGUCCUCAUCUUUACUCCACAAACCAACACCUGCAAACAGUGAGUUUCCCCUCACGGGACACGGAAGGAGAGCCGGGAGGCGAUGUGCUACAUGGCAGGAGCCUCCUCCCGAGCCCCAACUCACUCCCCGCACAAAGGAGGCACAACCCAAAUCUGUACAAACUACGGAAAGAGACUUGCCAAGGGGAGAAGAUUCCAACUGCCCCGAGUUGUGUGGAGAGCAGUGAAACCCUGAGGAAGGACGCGACAGAACACACCUUCGUGCACAUCAGUUUGUAUCUACACAACUGAGAUGCUGCCAAUUCUCUCCAGGAUCUUUUCAAGCCUCCAUCCUUGGACAGCAGUGAUGCAUCUCUCACCAUCCUCAGACCAGGCCCCGCAGGGGCUCACCCCCCCCAGCUCAGCAGAACACACCGCUCAGGCUCCGUUGUCUUUUGAAGUUUUUAUUUUUAUACAUUUUUUUUUGUAUUAAAAAGGAAAAAGCAUAAUUACCACAAAUUACAAAGGACUAAAGCAUUACUAGAAUAAUGAAUCACAUCAGCCUAGAAAGCAGAUACUCUGAAUAAUAUUAAUGUUAUAAUACAAGCUCUCAUUCAAGUAUUUUACAUUUUUUUUUUUCCUCUUUUCCUUUUAUAUGUGAUGAUGAUCCUAGCACAUGGGUCAAAGAUUAUGUACUAUCGACAGAAGAUGGAUCAUGUACAGCGGGCCAUAUUAACAAGAUUUUUUCCUCCCAAGUGA